AUGAGCGAAGACGAUGGUGUUAGAAUCGAUAUCGAUGGCUUGGUGUCUUCAAUGGAAAGAAUGGUGCCCCAUGAUGUGCUCAUGCCGCCUAACUGUAGCAUCUUCAAAAUCCCUAUCAUACUCUCCAGGCAUAAUGAAAAUGCUUUUAUCCCCGAUGCAUUUUCUAUUGGGCCUUUCCAUCAUGGGAAUCAAAAGUUGAAAGCCACAGAAAAAAUUAAAGCCAGGUAUAUGCAUGACCUUAUUUCUCGCUCACGCUCUCGAGACACAAUACUAAGAACUCUCAUCAGUUCCAUCGCGGAGGUGGAGAAAGAGGCUCGUGAGUAUUAUGCUGAACCAAUUAAUUACAGCCCAGAAAAACUUGUAGAAAUUUUGGUGAUUGAUGGUUGCUUUCUUAUUGAGCUAUUUUGCAAGCGAACUUAUCGGGACCUUAGAAAAGAAGAUGACCCUAUUUUCAGCAGACCCUGCAUGUUUCAUUUUCUAUACCAUGACUUGAUAUUGCUAGAAAACCAAGUACCUUGGAUGGUACUUGAGCGUUUGUUCAACCAGACAAACGAUUCUAGCGACUGGAAUAUGCCCCGGCCUCUAGCUACACUUGCCACGACAUUCAUGAGAACCAUAUAUUUAACAUAUAGAAUAGAUCCCAAGUCGGAUCAGUGUAUUAAUAUGAGAGGCAUCAAGCAUUUUGUUGAUCUGUCCUAUAAAUUGUCAACUUUACCAAGCACUGAUCCCCAGCCGGAUCAAUGUAUCAUUAUCGAAUGCAUCAAGCAUUUGGUUGAUCAGUUUAGGAAAUUGGCAGCUUUAUCAAGUACACCAUUCAGGAAAUUGGCAAAUUCAUCAAGUGGUGAAGAAAAGAAAAAAAGCCUACGAGAUUGGGAACUUCUGCCUUCUGCUACAAGCCUUGUGGAGGCUGGAAUCAAAUUCAAAAGGGCUACAUCUGGAAGCCUAUUGGACAUAAAAUUUAAGGAUGGCGUUCUAGAAAUUCCCCCAUUAGUAGUUAACGACCUAACGGAAACCAUCAUUCGAAAUCUCAUCAGCUAUGAGCAGUGUUGCCCCAAUUGUGGUUUUAAAUUCGCUUCCUAUGUCGUACUCCUAGACAGCCUCAUUAAUACUGUCAAAGACAUAAAUAUUCUCUGCGAUCAUGAGAUAAUUGAUAACUGUUUGAAUCCAGAAGAUGCAGCCCAGCUGUUCAACAAGCUUUACCAUGACACUUUUGUGGCCUUCGACUACGUAGACCUUAGCAGAGAAGUGAACAGGUUUUGCCAACGCAGGUUGCCUAGAUGGCGCGCAGUGCUUAUGGGCAAGUAUUUUAACACUCCAUGGGCUGGUUUUUCGACAUUGGCCGCUAUUAUCCUAUUGAUCAUGACCUUCUUACAAACUUUGUACGCCAUGAAAAAGUAGUGUUACAUCCUUAUAGAAGUUGUUAUAAGAUUGGUCUCUCUAGUGUCCUUUUCCAAUGUCAAUUAUGAAAUGAAAGGGUGGGUUGUUUGCUUU